AUGAGUAUUUCCCGGGCUGGACCCACCCUGACCAGACCCCAGGUGCCUGCUGACCACCGCCCUGUGGGCGAUGCACUGGCUCAUCCCCCGCUGCUGCUCACUGGCGGCGCACAGGGCUGGAGGCAGACACUGCCAGAGGAUCAGCAUGAGUGGUUGGGACGGGCUCUGUUUACCGCCGGCACCGGCAAGCAUCCAUUCCUCACCAGCGAGCUUCGCCUCUGGUGGACCCCUCCGGGAGCCCGGCUCCUCUACACCCAGAUACCCUCCAUCCACACGUUCUUCCAGCGCCGGUUUUUGCUGUGGGCGCCCUACAGGAUGUGGGCCUACAAGCUGUCCUGCCCAAACUGCAAGCGGCAGCUGACCGGCGCUGGACUGGUACCUGGAAUGCGGCGGCUGCAAGAGGAAGUUCGCAGCAUGGAGCCAAGGCAUUAUGAGGCAGCUGGACCUGGCUCACCAGGCACAGUUUCCAGCUGUGCUCAGUUACAAAGUCUCCAGGCGCAGAAGUCUGACAAUCAGCAAAUGAAAACAAAACUACGCCGCCUGGAGGACUUGAUUGCCGAAAGAGAGAAGCAGAUAAAAGAACUGCUGGAUCCCACCAAAGGAUCUGAGUAUACUCGCAGUUUGGUGGAUAAGAAAGGAGAGGGCAGUGUGGUUCUUAACGACCUGAAGCAGAGAAUUCUGAAGCUGGAGCAGCAGUGUAGAGAGAAAGAAAAUGCCCUGAGUAAACUGCAAAGUGACCCGAGGACCACCAACCUGGAGGAGCAGAGGAUCACAGUAGAAACCUACUUUAAAGAGGCUUUACUGUCGGCACAGGUCAACACAGAGACAAGGAGGACAUGUACGAUGAGAUUAUUCGCCUCAAGAAGCAAAUGAAAACAAAACCACGCCGCCUGGAGGAAUUGAUUGCCGAAAGAGAGAAGCAGAUAAAAGAACUGCUGGAUCCCACCAAAGGAUCUGAGUAUACUCGCAGUUUGGUGGAUAAGAAAGGAGAGGGCAGUGUGGUUCUUAACGACCUGAAGCAGAGAAUUCUGAAGCUGGAGCAGCAGUGUAGAGAGAAAG